AUGGCAUCUCAACAGUCAGCAUCGGCAUGGAAGCCGUCCAAGCCGCGAGGCGCGCAGCGGGCCUCGGACCACAAGACAGGCCCCAAAGGCGAGCCCAUGACUCCGGUUCCUUCCGCCACCCUCAUCGUGCUAUGCCCAAGGUCGGCCAAAGAGAAGGGCGGACAGCUGCCAUACGACACUGUGAUGCUACAAAGAUCAGCGCGAGAUGGAUCGAGCUUCCGAUCCGCCGUCGUCUUUCCUGGAGGAGCACUCGACCUCGUCGAUGAAGCGGAGGUAGAAACAGCGCUGGCCUCGACUUCAGGUGCAAAGAGCGACGAGAUGGAAAAGUACAUGCACUCGCUCAAGCUGUGUGCGCUGCGCGAGACGUUCGAAGAGACCGGUCUGCUUCUCCUACCGUCACCAUCGCCGAGCCCAUCCGGUCUGCCAACCAGCCGCGCGGUGGGCCACGAGGAGGCGGGAAUGUCGGCUGACGAGUGGGCAAACGCACGCAACGACGUCCACCACAACGCGGUCGACUUUGCUCCCUUCAUCCGCAAGGUGUCCGCCAAACUCGGCAUCACCGGCAAGCUGGGCAAGGGAGAAGGAUCGCUGCCCGAGCUCGCACCCAUGGCCCACUACUCCAACUGGAUCACCCCGCGCAGCGUCGUCCGCCCUGCCAAACGCUUCGACGCACACUUCUUCAUCACCGUUCUUGACAAGGUGGAUGUCUUUGGCGACGAAGAGUCGCUCAAGAUCUCGGCUGACGGGUCCGAGACGCUAUCGCUGCGUCUGCAAACACCCCGCGAAAUCAUGUACGCCGGCAUCACCGACCAGAUCUCGCUCUUCCCGCCGCAAUUCUACAUCCUAGCCGACCUCGAGACGGCCCUCCUCGCAGCCGACGCGGCAGGACGCAUCCCCAUCCUCCCACUCAUCUUCGACUCGGGCCAGGCGACCGACCGCGCAACUGCCGACGCUGAGUUCCGCGUCACCCCUGUCGAGGAAGAAUCCCGUGGACUGCAAGGUCGAAACUACUCAUGGGAUCGCAAAGAUUCCUCCACCUCAUCGGCUCCCCUCACCUCCUGGAUCUCAGACACCAACGCGCCGCUGUCCAACAUCCGCGCGCUCGGCACCGACCCCGAAUCCCAGUAUCCGUCCGUCACGGCCGUCGAGCCCCGCGCCUUUCCCAAGCUGGGCACCAUGAUGGACAUCAGCAAGGAGAUUGUCGAGAACCGCAGUCGAGCGCAGGUGGGCGAGAGCGAGGACAGCUUUGUCUUUCCGCUGGUUCUGCCGGGCGACUGGCAGGCGAGCCCGGCGCAGAAGGAACGUGCGCGGAAGGGUCUCUUCUUGCCAGGAACGGGUGAGCAGACGGCCAACAACGCGGGAGGGUCGAGCAGCGCAGAAGACGAAAAGUCGAGACCGCUCAACAGGCUCUACGUUUCGCCGAGGGCCAAGGAGCACGGCGGAGGAAUGACGGUGCGCGGGGCGGUGCGCAAGGGUCUCACGCAUCUGCGCGAUUUCCAGGUCGGCGUGCUGCUCGCUGAGGAGCCCGCGGAGGAGGACGAGCGCAAGUCCAAGUUGUAG